GUAUUGAUGCAUGGCCUGGGAAGCAAAUGCAUAGCCACAACUAUCGUGUCCCCGAGCCAUUUAUUGACCAAGUUGUUGUUAUAAUUGGGAGCUCAUCUAGCGCUAAUGACAUCUCAAGGGACAUCUCCAGCUUUGCUAAAGAAGUUCAUAUUGCAACUAGAUCAGCAUCUGAUGGAACUCCCAGUAAGCCGCCUAGCUAUGGCAAUGUGUGGCUUCAUUCUAUGGUAGAAAGUGCUCAUGAAGAUGGUCAUGUGGUCUUUCAAGAUGGAAGUUCAGUCCAUGUUGAUGUCAUUAUGCAUUGUACUGGGUACAGGUAUCAUUUUCCUUUCCUUGAGACCAAUGGUGUUGUGAACGUGGAUGACAACCGUGUAGGGCCUCUCUACAAGCACAUUUUCCCCCCAGAGCUGGCCCCAUGCCUUUCCUUCAUUGGAAUACCUUGGAAGGUGAUCCCUUUCCCCAUGUUUGAACUGCAAAGCAAGUGGGUAGCAGGCGUUUUAUCAGGACGGAUUGCACUUCCAACGCAGGAGGAAAUGAUGGAAGAUGUGAAAGCCUUUUACCUGCAAACGGAAGCUGCUGGAUGGCCCAAAAGAUACACACAUAACAUCUCGAAAUUUUGGGUACCUGUCCACAUAGACAAUCAUUGAGCUGUUGAAAUUUCUAAAAGACCUGGCAUUAUUAGGAUUAUGACAUCAGUUCUGAGAUAUACUAUUGCUAUAGAAUG